AUGUGCGCUCGAGUGAUGAAAAGGCAACGCAGAGAGGAGGACUUUAAUCCCAGCUCUUCUGCAACUUCCUCCGCUGGCAAGCCCAAGCACCUGGGAGGCAAGGCGAGCUCUGCAUUCUGGGAAGAUGAUGAAGAUGAAGAUGCGGAAUUGCGAGAGAACAAUGAUGAUGCUCAUUGGGAAGGGCGUGGAGGAGAGUUCGGUCAUCAAGCUUUGCCAGUGGGUGACCUCUCUGCAGAUUUUGACGGCGUGCCCACGGACGGCGAGCAGUACUUGGCCGUGGUCAGGCGAGAAGCCGAACAGCACGGAAGAGCAGGCGGUAAGCGCCAGAAUGAGUUCAGCAAGCAAGUCGCAGGGCCUGCACCUCCGAAAGAGCUCUUGUCUUCACCACAAGAUCUGGACGUCAGGGUCCAGACGUCUGAAAUCACGUCGAAUCCUGCUAUUCCCUCGACGCGAUGGCGUGCAACUUACAUAGAUCGCUUCAAAGCGCUACGAGAAGUGAGUGUCUAGGCUGCUUUCAAAGGUCAAGCGUCUCACCAUGUCCGCUUUGUGCUCUAUGCUGAGUCUGCACCUUCCGUCCGCCGCUUUCCGCCAAAAGGCGGUCUCGACCACGCCGACGCGACCCAUCACCAAUCCCAAUUUUGGCAAGUUGCCGCAGAAGGGCCGGGUGGAUCAAUGGUACGAAUUUGUGCACCGACGAGCGAUACCCAAUGGCGUGCGCAUAGAGGUGGACGGGGAUGAUUGGGAAGCUAGCAAUUAUGCCACGCACGAGAGUCAAAGGCAGAGAGAGCAAGCGCAGACCCGACUGGACCCCACCAGGAGAUACUCAAAUGGAAUCGACGACGUCGGAGGGCACAUCCUGCCCAGAGAACCUAGCGCUUCAUUAAUGAAGCGACUUCAGUCGGUGAGCUCACUUUGUCACUCGGGAAAACAUUUUGUCGCGCCAUUUACGCCCAUUGCUUUGACUCGUCGUGUGCGACAACGCAGUAUCACAUUCUGCAACUGUUGACCAUUUUCCCAUACUGGUUCAAUUUACCUCUCACCGCCAACGCAUCGAACGAAGACGUUUCCAGCGUGAACGCGCCUCAAGCACUUCAUCAGCUCUAUGCCAAAUGGAUCUUCUCUCUUCUGGCAUUCCUCGACCACAGGCUCACUUCGGACGAGAUCAGCAUUCUGCGAACGUUGGCAAGGGCUUGUAUCGCAGCUGUUGCUCUUCAUCGAGCUAAGCGCGCAGCAAAAGCCAAGCGGCAAAAAUCAGCAUCACUCGCAGUCGCAGGCACAAGGGAAGAAGAGCAGCAGCGGAUGGAAGGGGAAGAGGGUGCUUGGUGCGUCGUGGCGGCAGUGGUGGGUGUUUGGGGACAACAAGAUCUCUGGGAUGAUGCGCUGGCCAUUUUGAAAGAUGCCAGUGCUGGUGAUGGCGGCGGAGACGAUGUGGGUAUGGAGCUGGAUUACAACAACGAGGUAGACUCGCUCAGUUGA